AUGGAUAUAGAUAAUUACAAUAAUGAUUAUUUAGAUGAACUAUCGGAAACAUUAGGUGGCUUUCCACUAUUUGUUAAACCCGAACAUGGUUAUGAUAGUGUUGGAAUUGAUGAAAAAUCCUUAGUUCAUAGUCUGACUGAUUUAAGACUAUGCUGUUCGAAGGUUAUCGACGAAUUCGGUGGCGCUCUUAUUGAAAAAUAUAUUGAAGGACGUGAAUUUACUGCCUUAAUUGUUGGCAGCAAAGAUAAUUUUCACGUUUUUCCUCCUGUCGAAUACAUUUUUCGUACCAAAACAACAUUUAUAACAUUCGACAAUAAAUGGGGACAAACUUAUUCUGACUUACAUUGGCAUUUAUUAAAUGAAAUAGAAGAGCAACACUUAAUUGAUGAUUUAAUACUUUUAGCCAGACAAUUGUAUGAAUCAUUCAACGGUGAUGGCUAUGCUCGCAUUGAUAUACGACAAGACAACAAAACAAAAGAAUUAUUCAUUUUAGAUUGCAAUCUGAAUUGUAGUUUAUUCUAUAGAGAUUCAUGUUCUGCUGACGCGAUCAUAGAAUUAGCUGGUUGGUCAAAGACUACAUUUAUGAAAUUCCUAUUUGAAGAGGCAUUAAAGCGUCAAUGGCAAUAUCAUUUGGCACAUGCCUAUACAAUUAAAUAUUUGCCACAAAUAGGUUUCAUAAUGUAUUCAUCGAGAAAUUUAUUUGAAGGCGAUUUAAUUUAUACGCAAGAAAACAGCUCAUUGAAGCUAGUAACAAAACAAUUUGUUCAGCAAACAUUUAGCGAGAAAGAAAUGGAAUGGUUCACAAAUUUUGCAUGGCCAAUUUGUUACAAUGUUUUUAUUCUUUGGCAUGAUGAUAGUCGUCAAUGGCAACCAAUCAAUCAUUCGUGUGAUCCAAAUGUAUGGAUCAAUGGCCUCGGAUGUAUUGCUAGGAGAAAUAUUGCUUCAGGAGAAGAGCUGACGGUCAAUUAUUCAACAUUUAUGACUACGAUACCAGAUUUCCCGUGUUGGUGUGGUACAGCUAUAUGUCGUCGUCAAAUAAAAUCUGAUGAAUAUAAAGAAAAAUGGUUCCAAGAACGUUACGGAUUACAUGUCUCGCCGUAUAUGUUGAUGUCACUUGAAAUAGAAAAACUCAAGAAAAGGAAUGCUUCAAACUAA